AUCACCAACUCUCACCCACUCCAGACCCCCGAUUGCAUUCUCCUCCGGAUAUGACGGCGACUGUGUGUCUCAAGGCCACUCGCUCCUUCUUAAACCCCCUUCCAUUCUCUCGCUCCCUCUCACAUCCCAAACACCACCACUUCCUCUCUUUCCCCAAAACCCGCAUCUCCAGUUUCGCUACCGUCACCAUGUCGUCAUCCUCCGUCGUCGAGCACAUCGUCCUUUUCAAGGUCAAAGACGACACCGACCCCUCCAAGCUCAACUCCAUGCUCAACGGCCUCAACGGCCUGACCUCCCUCGAUCUCACCCUCCACCUCACCGCCGGUCCCCUCCUCCGCACCCGAUCCUCCCCCUUCGCCUUCACCCACCUCCUCCACAGCCGCUACAAGACCAAAGACGACCUCGCCGCCUAUAACGUCCACCCGGGCCACCUCAGCGUCGUCAAGGAGUCCGUUCUCCCGAUCUGCGAUGACGUCAUGGCCGUUGACUGGGUCGCGGAUGGGUUGACGGGCCCGGUGGGUCCGUCGCCGGGGUCCGCGAUUCGGGUCACGUUUUUGAAGUUGAAGGAGGAGCUGGGGGAGUCGGCGAAAGGUGAGAUUUUGGAGGUGAUUAAAGGGAUUAAGGGCAAGUUCGGAGAGGUGGGGCAGAUUAGUGUGGGAGAGAACUUCUCGCCGGCCAGGGCUAAAGGGUUUUCGAUUGCUUCAGUGGCGGUUUUCGAGGGAGUGAGCCAGAUGGAGGCCGUGGAUUCGAAGGAGGAGCUGGCGAAGCUGGAGAAGGACAAAGUUAGGGAGUACUUGGACAGCGUCAUUGUUCUUGAUUAUGUUGUUCCAUCCCCCCAAUCUGCAAGUCUCUGAAAACUAUCGGAUUUGGGUAGUUCACUUUGUCAGUAUUGAGUAAUGUUGUGUGGUUUUGGUGAAAUAAGGUGUUUACCAAAAAUUGGCUGCUGGAAUUUGGUUUCAGACUUUCAGGUGUUGGGCGUUCUCAACACUCUCUGGCUAAACUGUAUCAACUAUUGACCCAUCAGACUAUCACAAAUUAUGAUUGAUGCUUGAUGCA